ACUGACUUGGUGCACGUUAAUGAUUUUCUCUUAAAAUAGAUACCUACUUGCUGUGAUAAACAUUCCUCAUUGAUUUAAGCGUAAACAGCGAGGCAGAUCACGGUCGCUAAGUACGCACCACGGUCCAUUGAUUCGUUACUGCUGCCAGUGCUGGAUUGUUUUUUUUUUCGAACAUGUCUAUUCGAUGGUUGGAGUAGAUAACGAUAACGAUAAAUGCUGGUCAACAUGACCGGCAUUUGUGUGUAAAACCAAUAGGGAGUUUCAGUUUUCAUGAUAAACACAUCUCCGUUUGGACUUCACCUGCACAAACGGUAAAACCAUUUUAUUAUGUCAGAAUGUCCUACACUGAUAAAAGUGACAUUUCGCUCAUUUAGAUACAUUUGUUAUUACAUUUUGAUAUUUCACACCUGGGUGCUAUGACGUCAAAAGAGAAACAUUUUGUUUCAUGAUGUUCCAUCUGUCAAGAACCUGCAGAUGAUUCGGGUUUCCUAUGGGCCCUGCCCGGUUUCCACCCACCAUAAUGCUGGCGGCUGUUGUGUAACAUCGGUUGACCAGAUCAUAGUAGAGACAUUUUCUUGAACAGGGGCUUAUUUGAAGUAGAUGCCAUGGAGCGUCAAUUUUCCAAACCAGAAGUAAAGAAAGAAAAGGAGCCAUGGGCAAGGCGCAUUGGCAGGUCCAUUAAGACCAGCGUGGCAGAUUUCUUUGGUGUUGGUGAGGAUAUGCCCAUAGAAAGUCAGAAAUGGCAGAACAGAAGAAUUCGCCAUGCGACAAAGAAAUAUGGGAAGCUGAAGGAAGAUUGUGUGCGCAGAGCAGGAGAGGAUGAUGUAGAUUCUCUACAAAUGCGCUAUAUACAGGACCCUCUGCAUCGUGGCUCUCGCAGGGCCACACCCCUUUCCAGCACUAGCACUUACCACACUCGUGGCUCCAGGCUCCUCCAACAGAAAAAACACAGAAAAGAGUCUGUCCUCAGAAUGACACUUAAGGGAUUAUCUGGUCGAAAGAAGAGUAAGCCGAAAGUAGAUCUCCACAGUCGUAGUUAUGCACCUGCCAGUUUAGCUGGUGAAGGCGUGGAUUUAGAUGAUCACAGUCUAGGACUUGGACCAGGCUAUACAGCUUAUCAAGAAGAGGAGAACUUUAGCCUUGUAGAUGAUGUAUUUUUUGAUGAUCCUCUCACCCCGUAUUCAAGUAUGAAGAGAUUAGAUGAGCAUAAAGGGAUUCAGCAGGCUGGACUGCCCUCAGGAAUGGAUGUGGGCUGGCGAUCAGGACGUCCCCCUCACCAGGGUCUGCCUGACACGCCCAGUGUUGCAUACGAUGUCCCUGAUGGAAUCGGCUUGGGGCGCAUCGCCAACAAGGUGGUAGACAAAGCGCUAGAGAAGACGGAGAGGCGUAGAGUAGGUAUGGGUUUUGUGGGUCGCCUAUUCAACAGAAGUUUCCGCUCUGACAGGAUUAACAGUGAAGUCAAAGAACAGCUGGAGGAAAUUGACGACCACAGACCCUACUUCACCUACUGGGUGACCUUUGUUCAGGUGGUUGUGUUCAUCGUGUCUGUCUCCAUCUACGGCAUCGCUCCUCUAGGGAUUUCAGAGACCAGGGUCACUGCCAUGGUAACGAAACCAAAUUUGGUGACAGAACAAGUGGCACAUAUUGAACUGGACAAUUUCUGGAUUGGACCUCGUCAGGCUGACCUAAUUCAUCUAGGUGCAAAGUACUCGCCAUGUAUGCGACGUGAUGCUAACAUCAUCAAGGCUAUUGAAGCAGACCUGGCUGUGGAGAAGGAAUCUGCCUGUUGCAUACUAACUGAUGUUUGUUACCAGACCACCCAAGCAAACUGCCCUGAUAAAUUUGGAACUUUCGAGAAGUGGCCGACAGCUGACAACAACCGAACUUCAGGUUCAGUGUGUGGACAAGAUCCUAAGUACUGCAAGACCCCUGCUUCUGCUGGACUAUUCACUUGGGAAGACAACAUCCACAAAUGGCCUUUGUGUACAGACACCAACAGGCCUAACGGGACAUCCCGACGCGAUCGUCACAUGACGUGUGAAAUCACUGGCCACCCAUGCUGCUUCGGAAUUCAGGGAGAGUGCUUCGUGACAACAAGAGAACAUUGUGAUCACAUUCGAGGAUAUUAUCAUGAUGAUGCUUACCUGUGCUCACAGGUAAGCUGUUUGAGUCAGAUCUGUGGUAUGAUCCCCUUCAGCAACAGUAAUAAGCCUGAUCAGUUCUACAGACUGUGGACAUCUCUCUUCCUGCAUGUUGGGCUAGUUCAUGUGGUGAUAACCAUAGCAUUCCAGUUUCUGAUUAUGAGAGAUGUGGAAAAAUUAGCUGGACCAAUCAGAGUGGCGAUAAUUUACAUUGGUGGAGGGAUAGCUGGUAAUUUAGCCAGUGCUAUUUUCCUGCCAUACCAAGUGGAGGUUGGUCCAGCUGGUUCCCAGUUUGCCAUCCUCUCUUGUCUGGUGGUAGAAGUUAUACAGUCGUGGCAGAUGUUAAAGCGGCCCGUGAUCUCUCUCUUCAAGAUACUCGGCAUCAUACUCAUCCUCUUUAUCCUGGGUCUUUUACCAUGGAUUGAUAACUAUGCACAUUUGUGUGGCUUUGUGUUUGGUUUUCUUUUGGCCUUUGCCAUGUUGCCGUAUGUAUCCUUUGGCACAUUUGACAGACGUCGUAAGAUCAUCAGUAUUAUUGUCACCCUUACAGCAGCUCUUGGUAUGUUUAUCAUCCUCGUCAUACUCUUUUAUGUCCUGCCAAUUUAUGAGUGCAGUGGCUGCCAGUAUUUUAAUUGUGUUCCUUUUACCAAUGAUUUUUGUAAAAACAUGGAAAUAGCCAUAAGGAGAGAUGCUAGUUACAACAAAUUAUGGGUGAAUACAGAUCUGUAGUUAGACAAAGUAUAGAAAAUUCAAAGUAGUAGUUCUGUAGACACUUUCCAAUUAGUGUGAUGUCAGAGGUCAUGGGAACACCCAUGUCGUCUCCUGACUGGAUUUAUUACAUACUGCUAAUGAGAAAAAGGAAAAACAUUUUUUUAUUGGAUAUGCUGUAGUAAUAUAUUGGAUUUCGUGUAAUGUUUCAUAUACCAUGACUGACCCAGUGUCUGCUUUUAUACAUAUAUGCUGCUGUUUACGCGAGACUUUUCCAAUACAUUUAUGUUCUCGUUUAGCUUUGAUUUUGGCUUACUGGUAUGUACCCAUGCCUGUCUUUGUUGUAUACACUGAGAUAGCCGUGAUCAUCUUGUCAGCUGUUGAUUAGGGUGAGACUGUAUGUUCAUCAAGGGGAAGUUAGCUUGUGGACUUUACCAUUUUGUGAGCCAGUGAUGCUGUACAAGAUAUUUUAUCAGCCUUAUAUGUUUUUAUCAAGUAUUUUAAUGAACACUUUUACCUCUGUCAGAGUUUGCAAAUGUUUUAAUAGACAGAGAGGGUGAUGAUACAUACCUGUAUAUGCAUAAUUUAUUUACUUGUGGAUGCAAACUAAUAUCCGUCUACGUAUUGUAUAAUGUCUUAAGGCUGUGUCAGCUCAUCUUUUGAGGCACUGUGGAUAGUGACAAAACCAUUCCCAUGACUAUUGCAAGGACUAACACAAAUCAUAAGCAGCAUUCCUUCCUCCACUCAGGGUCCUUAUAACACUGUAUCCUCGACUAGCACCUAUCCUUUGUCUGAGACGGUGAACAGUCCCCCACAGGAGGGCGUUGUUCUACACUCGUAUUAAGGCUAUCUGCUGUUUUCAGAUGACCUAUGGUGUAAUGAUUUUGUUCAUAACAGCAAAAUGUAAAUAGUUAUAUUAUAAUCAUUUCAGAUCAGGAAUCUGAAUCAAACGCAUAUAGACUGACCUACUGUAGCAGUAAAAGAAAGAUGUUCUGUAAACUCUGUUGCACAAAUUGUUCUUUUGUGAGAGACAUUCAGGUUUACUGUCCAGAUAAUCCAUUCAUGCACGUUAUGUAAAAUGAUCAUUACAAGUGUAAUUUUAAACCAUAUGACAAGCAUAUAAUCAUGUAUAGUGUACUCAUGUCAUAUUCCUUUAAACUUCACUUGUCAGUUAGCAAAUAUACAAGUUGUUCUCUUUCUGCUUAAUUGGAUAGCUCCGUGCAUAUAUAUAUAUUUAUAUAUAUAUAUGAUGUACAUGUACAUUCCAGUGUAAUCCCACUGCCCACUGUGGAUUAUUCUUUAAUGUCAUGAGUCCGUUAUUCUUUUCUACAUGUUAAAUUUUCUGCCAGACAAGCUUAUGAAGUUUUCUUGGAAAAGAUUUUAUUGUGAUAGCCACUGGCCCAAAAGAUUAUCAUGCAAGCAAAACUAACAUCCCUUUUUCUAUAGAGAUCUUUUUUAUACAUGUACAUGUGUUGAGGAAAUAUUAUUGUAGAUGUAUAUUUAUGAAAAUUUGCUUCCUUAUGGAAGUUUCUUAUACUUACACUUUUUCACCAUACAUAUAUAUUUUUCUGUGGGCAUUUUUCAGAAUUUUAGCUUGGAGCUUUGUCAUUGUCACUUGCAUUCAUUCCACAUCAUAUUUUGUAUUGCAGUUUAUAUCUUGAUACAAUACAGCACGUGCACCUCAAAUUGCAAACAUUUAGCAGAUAUAUUGACAUCAUGUUGAUAGAUUAUUUUAUUGUUUUAAAGACAUUUCGUUGCUGGGCAACAUGCUUUAGGUUGUUUUGUAUAUGUGAUACACAUAAGGGUUGAUUUAAAAUAUUUGGUAUCAUACAUGUGUACUUAAAUCUUUUUUUCUCAUUGGUGGCAUAAUAAUUGUGGAAAAGCUAUAGAAACAACGAUUGAUACAAACAGUUUAAAGUUAUCUGUAUAUUCUAUGCCUAGGAAUGUUUGAAUCUAGGGAUAAUUUUUCUGGAUAAUCUUAAUGUCAUUGCAAAUAUUUUUUUAACUCUCUUAACUGUAACUGUUUAAUUAUCCUGUGGAAUUGUUUUAGUAGCCUACAGCUUAUAUUUUCUCCAGUUUAGUUUAUCAUAGUUGUCGUUCAUAUUUUAUUUCAAUUCCAGCUGCAUGUAAUAUGUUUGUACAUUAUGGAGUUUCGAAUUUUGAAAUAGUUUCACCGAGUUCGUGGAAACACUCCAGUGUAUUUUUAUAAUUCCCAUUCUUAGAAGAAUCAUUUUAAUGAGUUAUUACAAACAUGACCGCGUCUUCAUAGAGGCGCAGCCUGAUUAGUUCCAUAAGUUAGAUGCUCUGUCAGUUGGUCAUUCAUAUCUUUGACGCCCUAUCAUUUAACACUGCCCUCUUGUCCUUCAGUAUUGGCCUUGCAGGUAGCUCUGAGCCUGAGUGCAAGACGGCAUCAUAUCACUUUGAAAUGGUAAUACAGUACAAAGAAUGUCACCGCUCUUGUCAUUUUGGUGGCUUCUGCAUGUCAUUCUUAUCAGCAACCCAGCAAAGGCAUUUAUCUUUUGGGCUUUGUCUUAGGUUAGAAGUAGUUUGAUUCUGGAUGUCAUAGAACUACAUAUAAUUGUCUAGGUAGGACACUUACCUCAAAUAAGCAGUGUUUUAUUUCACGAAGCUUUAUUUUAAAUCAGAUGUGCCAGUAUGUAAUAAACAUAAUGGUGUUUUUCUUCUUUCUUUUGUAAGUGCCUCAAAUCCAUCAGACUUCAAAUGUUCAAAAUUUACUAUUUUAAGUAAAAUGUCCCUGUCAUGGUCAGCUUUAUUCUUGCCAUUCUGAAGUUGGUGUAUUGUAAAAUUCCUUUACUGUAUAAACACUGUGCACAAAUGUAUAUUUUGACAUGUUAUUGUGUAAUAUUGAAAGCUGUCAGUUGUCAGGGUAAACCCAGGAUAUGUGUUAUUUUUACCCCUGAAUUUCUGGGUGCGAGGUCACUGUGUAGGGCAAUCCAGGAAUAAGAGUUACUCCCCCUUCUACCUUGACGUGUUGGCCUAAUGUUAAAGGUUAACUUAUGGACCACUAUAGCAUUGGUUUCAAAUAAAAAUGAGUAUGUAGCUGUU